ACCACAUGCAUACUGCAAAAUUUACAACUCUAAUGAAUAUUUGUUACUAUUCGAUGCUGUUAUUUUGGGGAUGGUUGUCUGUUUGACUAGUGUAUGUAACAUCAUUGUAUUCACCUGUGAGUAAAUGUUUUUCGUAGGUCACCCAUAAUAACAGAGAAACCCCGUAUUGGUUUAUACACCAGGCUAUGUGAGUCACAGCUUAUGAUGCGAUAUGCUUGAUCGAUGACUAGUUUGUGACUUGAAUAGAGAUAAGUUGUACUGAAGUACUAGCUAGCACAAAAUUUAACCUGGUAAUGAACUUUCAGAUGAAACACAGCACCUUCUAGUAUCCCUUUACUUGGCCUAACGUUCAUGUCGCAGACAGGACCGAUAAAAUUAAGGUGUAAUCAACGGGUUGUCAUUUUUGUUAAGUUCUUUGUACAAUUUUAACUUUAAGUCAAAAUCCCGUUAAGUUACACAAGUAUGAUAAUAUUGAAAAGCAUCAUAUUUUUAUGAAACGACAGUGUUUGUUAAUAAAAACUAUAUGUGGUUCUUUAGAAGUCAGAAUAAAGUGAUUAAUGAUAUUAAUAACUAAUAUUUGGUUUAGUGUAUGCUCAGCCGAGUAGUGUACAAAAUAGUUAUUUUACAGAAAAAAAUUUCAUCGCGUUGGUAUAUGAGAGCAGUAGAUAAAGUUCACUGGUUGGAACACCGACAAGUAUUAUUACUAUUCCCGUGAGUUCCGAGUGGAACAUAGGGUUUCCAACAGCACAUUACCAUUUCACUCUGUUCUCUGCAGUCUGUUUUUAGCUGGCUGCAAGAUUGCCCAUAAGCUUUAAUUUUCUCUUCACAUAGUAUCCUCCAUUUCAUCCUCGGAUCCACUCUCAGCACGUUGUUUCCCAUUCCGGUUCCACUCGAGUGUCUGGUACGCAAUGUCACUCGAUGGCCUCCUUAGCAUAUAUCCACUUCACCUCCUCUUCCUUCUGCAUGUUUGUUGGGCAAAAGGUUAUUGGUCAUUUCGUUGGCAGUGUUCCCUGUUCAUCUUUUCUGGCCGGUCAUCUUAUCUUCAGUAUCGAGCAAUAUCUGCAAUACACAUAUGUUAUUGCUACUAAAAUUAUAGAUGAUAUUGUGAUAAUUUGAAACAAGUACAUGUGCAAACAGGAUAUUCAUACGGUGUAUAUAUUCGAAGUAUCGAACUUUAGAGCUAUUGUAGAAUACAUAUCUUCAUGUUGAAAGAGACAACAGACUAUACCUCAACUACUUACUAUUCUGAGUUAUUUUGAACCAUUUAUCUUAAAACUGUAAGUUCCAAAGGCUUGAAAUAAAUGGUAUUUAUUUAAUUUAUGUUUAUAGUAGAUAAAUAUAGAGCAAUUAGCCUAGUAAUGUCAUUGAUUAAUGUAAAAAUAUGUGAAACUCCGGAACAAUUCUAUAUUUCUUUGUUCCACAACCACAAGUAGGGAUUGUGUUAGUGAAUAAUCGAGUAGUAAGGGAGCAAAACCCAAUAGGGGAAGGAAAAGUCUUUUUUUUACCGUAAUUUCCGGUUAGUAGUGCUAUAUCAAUGUGUGCUAUAUGAAGCAAACUUAUCUGACUUGAGGUUACCUAUAAAAUACUUUAAAUACCAUACUAGUGUUUAUAUAUAUAUAUAUAUAUAUAUAUAUAUAUAUAAUUAACUAUUGUGGGAUUUUAUACACAAAAGCAAUCCAAAGUUAUAUUAGAAUUCUAAUGCUUAUUAAUUUUUACCCGUUGUCAUCCAUUAAAGUGGUUCUCUAAACUCUUGAGUUAAAUACAAAAUCCAUGAGAUAUAAAAACAAAUAAGCCCUUCAGACCUGAUUUCUACAUUAAAGUUUUCCACAUUAUCGUCUUCUAACAGUCAAAGUUAAAAUCUCAUAUUUCCAAAUAUAGGCCUGUUAAAAUUUCAGUUGAGGAAGCUAUCACAUUUGGUUCUGAUGGACCUCCUAAUCCACCUGAAUGGUUCCACUACUUUCUAUGUGCAUAUCGAGGAAUAAAAGAUUAUGUAGACAAGUCUAAUUUGAAUUGGACUCCUCCCAGUAUGAAUGUGUUAGUUGGUGAUGUUGAGUAUGGUGGACUGUUUUCUGCUGCAGGUCUUUCGAGUAGCAGCGCUUUUGUGGUUGCUUCUGCAAUAGCGAUUAUGCAAAUUUCUGGUUUGCAGAUAAGUAGGCAUGAGUUAGCAAGUUUAUGUGCAAAAUGUGAGCAGUAUAUCGGAAUGCAAGGCGGUGGAAUGGAUCAAGCGGCAAGUGUUCUAGCAGUUGAAAACAAUGCUCUUUUAAUCCAAUUUACAAAACCGUAUGUCACAGUCAGUCCUGUACAACUUCCAGCCGACAUAGUUUUCGUAAUAGCUCAUUCUGGUGUUCAUGCACGUAAAGCUGCUACUUCCCAUUAUAAUGAACGUGUAUCAGAAUGUCGAUUGGCUGCCAAAAUAUUGGCUCAAAAUAGUUCAUGUUCUGAUGAAAUUUCCUCUUCUGCGUCACUGGUACCGUUUUGUCUGAGUGAUGCGCAAAAGGCGUGGAAAGCAGUUACCCCAGAGGAGAUGAUACGUGUUCAAACGGAUGGAUUGUCAAUUGUAACUAGAUAUCUACCGAAUGGUGUUACAACUCGUCAUGAACUACACAAUCUUGGUUUAAGUGACGCUACCAUUGAUACGUGCUUAACAUUGAGGACUAAAACAAUGGAUGAAUUCCGUCUACGGGACCGUGCAGAACACGUGUACUCUGAGGCUGAACGUGUUUACAAAUUCUAUAAUCUAUGCAAGAAAACAAUGAUGAGCAAAGUGACCAGUCAGUGUGGUGAUAGUACAAAAGUCAAUUGUACUGAUUAUAUGAAAUUGUUAGGUGAUUUAAUGAAUGAUAGUCAGUUAUCAUGUGCUAAACUUUAUCAGUGUUCUUGUCCAGAAUUAGACAAGUUGAUAGAUAUAUGCAGGUCAGCUGGUGCUUUCGGUAGCCGUCUAACUGGUGCUGGCUGGGGUGGUUGUACUGUGUCACUUGUUAAGAAGUCUGAGGCAGAUAAGUUCAUCGCUGAAGUACGCUCAAAAUUCUACAGUGAAACGGAUGAAAGCAUUGGCGACAAUAAUCCUAUAUUUGUUAGUCAACCAGGUCGUCCAGCUGGCAUAAUGUUUAUGUGAUAAAUCAAUAGUUAUCUGCAGUUUCUGAUUACUGAUUUUUGUUUUCUGUUGUAAUUUUUAAUUAACUUGAUUUUUUACUUCUGCCUAAUAGUACUUCUUUUUUAAUUUGCUAAUUUAUUCAAAAUAUCGAGUGCUUU